AGCUGUGCAUUUUUCAGGAGAGCAAACUGAAGUCCAGACAGGACAAGUGACUUGCCCAGGGUCACACAGCGAGAUCGAGAUGACCACAGCCACCCCUUUGCGGGGGACCACCUUCUUCUCAUUGAAUGUGACCACCAGAGGAGAAGAUUUCCUGUACAAGAGUUCCGGAGCCAUCGUUGCUGCCAUUGUGGUGGUUGUCAUCAUCAUCUUCACUGUGGUUCUAAUCCUGCUGAAGAUCUACAACAGGAAAAUGAGGACAAGACGGGAGCUGGAGCCCAAGGCCCCCAAGCCAGCCUCCCCUUCUGCCCUGGACCCAAACAGCAACAGCAGCCAGCACCCUGCAACUGUGACCUUCAGCCCUGUUGACGUCCACGUGGAGACUCGGUGACCCCACCCUAGUGCUAUCUCGGCCACUGUCCAAGGAGCCUUCUCCAGUCAAGACCAAGAAGCACAUUCUCUGGCAGCUUCACUAUGAGCCCCUUCUGGUCAGGUCGACAGGGGCAUCUCUUACGCAAUUCCUGAUGCUCCAGGCAACCCCCAUCAUGCCCUGCCCCUCCCCAACUACGUCCACAUCCCUGCUGCCACCCUUCCAAAAAGCUGUGGAACUUUCUUUUGUCAUCUGAUGCCAUAGAGCUAUGUUGGGAAUCCACUGAUGUGGGUUUGGCUCUCUUCCCCCAAACACGAUAGCUAGACAGACAGAG